CUCCACCAUUACCGAGCCCCUGACUGAUGGUGCUCGGUCUGUUGUAAUAAAGCCGAUUUGAAACAUUGUGUCUGCUUCAGACGACACUACAAUCCGGGUGUGUGACGCAGAGACCAGCAGCGAACUGGGCGCCCCGCUCCGAGGGCAUACGGACUACGUUUGUGUCUGUUGAAAUCUCGCCAAAUCCACAAUGCAUCAUGUUCAGUUCCAAUGAUACGACCAUCCGAAUAUGGGAAGCGGAUACUGGCGACGUACUGUGCGUCCCUCUCAGAGGGCACACUGAUCUUAUCCGGCCUGCUCCGAAGCACAUCCAUUGCUUUUACUAUCCACUCCGACUCAUGCUCUUUCGGCUACAUCCUCCUUUCUGCAAGGUUCUCGCGUCCCAGCCUAUCUCUCGCAGACGAGGUCCUGAAGGACGGAUUCUCCUGUGGAUCCCAAUCCAUCCCCACCCGUCCGUCUACUCUGACGACAUGCUGAUAAUACACAAUGAUUCCGCACAGCUGGAUUUAAGUCGUUUCGCGCAUGGCAUGCGUGUCUAGAACACCCAACUCUACUCGAGACCUAUUCUAUGGGAACGCUGACUCGCACGAGAUGCAGUAUCGGCACUUGAAGAAGUGCGUUGAAUGGUGACAUUCG